ACCCGUCAAUCUCUCACUGCAUAUACUGCUAGUGUAGUGUUCACGACAUAACAACCUUCCUCGCUGAACUUUGCCAGUGACGGGUGCUCGCAACAUAAAACCACAUUACUACUACUACUACUACUACUACACAGCCCGUGUGUGUGCGUGCGUGUAUAUAUGUCUGUCUGUGUGUAUAUGUGAGUAACAGAGAGAGAGAAGACAGACAGACAGACAGACAGCCGUGCAUGUAUGCAUACGCACACACAGAAACACAACACAGUCACUCUCUCUCGCUCUCUCUCUCUCUCACAACACAUACACACAUAUAUAUAUAUACACAGACGUACAGGGCACCGCCUCACUAUAGCCGUGUAGCAUAUGUAUAUAUACAUAUAUUAUUAUACAGAGAUAUAGAUAGGAAUAUACGUGUGUGUACAUGUAAAUAUAUGUUGUUAUAUGUAUGUGUAUACACACACAUGCACGUGUAUAUAAAUAGAUAUAUAUUUUUUUGAUAUAUACAUACAUACGGUAUAUGUAAGAGAUUUUAAACAGCCCAAAACACAACACGACACAUAUACGAACAUAUAUACACGUGCUUUUUCUUUCUCUUACUCAUAUAUACAUCACCAUAAAUAACAUAGCUAUAUAACCUGAGAUAUAUAUACAUUAUAUAUACAUAUAUACAUCAUACACAUCUAUAUUUUAAUUUAUUUUGUUUUGUGUGUGUGUUGUGAUGUUCAUCUCGGAACACACAUUAACUAAUAUAUAAACUCCAUACUCUAAUGCAGUUUGAACUCGCCCCAACAGUUGUAUAUAUACAUACAUGUAUAUAACAUUGUUUUAAUUUAAUACAUUUUCACUUAAUAUAUACGUACAUACCUACAAACACAUUUAUUUUUAUAUCAGCACAUAUAAAGCUCAUCUAGCUAUCAGUAAUUCAUUAUUAUUUUUAACCAGUAUUUGAACAACAUAAACGUACCCAUCUGUCUAUAUCUGUGUAUAUAUAUAUAUAUAUAUAUAUAUAUAUAUAUAUAUAUAUAUAUAUAUAUACCUGUCUAUAGUUUUAUAGAUAGAUAUCUUAUCUCUAUACAAUACAUAUUUAUAUUAUAUAUAUAUGUAUACAUCUCAUCACACAUAACAAUCUCUAUUUCUGCCAAAUUUGGUUCACCAGUGGUUUUCUUGGACGAAAUAUUUAUUUACCAGGAAAAAUUUCGGCAAAUUUUCUGCAACACGGAAUCAAGUAAAUCUUACAACAACCAAACGCGAUUUUACGAUAUUAGGAAACGAAAAUAACGUGUAAACAAAACAACAUACGAACCAAAAAAAAUCACCAAAGGAAAAAAAAACCAAAAAAAAAAAAAAACCGAAGAAGGAAUAAGACGUGUAUAUUAUAUUAUAUAUACAUCGUUACAUCAACUGACGCGUGUUUAAUAACCUUGUGUUUUCGCCCUGUAUUAAUUAUACGAGAUAUUUUAUAUUUUACCACAAUUUGGAGGAUUCUACAGUCUUUAUUUACCAAAUUAACUUAAAGAACAACCAGAUAAAUAUAUAUAUAUACACAUAUAUAUUUUUUUGUGUGAAUAUAUAUAUAUAUAUAUAUAUAUAUAUAUAUGUAUGCAUGUUUCUUACUUCGAUGAAUCCGGGUAGUUUAUCGUUUUAAUAUAUAAAACCAUCCACUCACCCACAUAAAUACACACACAUAUAUACAUAUAUAUACAUAUAUAUAUAUAUAUAUAUAUAUAUAUAUACAUACACACACACACCUACUUGUCAAAUGUCUGUUUUAAAUCACAAAAGAAAAUUUAUCUAUUGACAGUUAUGUCGUAGAUAUUAUAUACACACACACAUAUAUAUAAAUAUACUGUAAAAUAUACAUAUAUAUUUAUAUAUAGAUAUUUAAAUAUAUAUAAAUAUAUAUAUAUAUAUAUAUAUUAUAUGCUUGUGUGUUUAGGUGGUAUAUAGGUGUUUAUAUAGAUAUAUAUAUAUAUAUUAUAUAUAGGUCUAUAUAUAUGUGUGUAUGGUACUUUUAUCGACAUCUAUACGUGCAGUAGAUGCUACUUGUGUAUCUGUGAUAAGCGCGGGCGCGUGUGUGUGCAAGUGUAAAUAUAAGAACAGCGAUAGAGAGAGAAAGAAAAAGCGAGAGCUAAAGAAAUAGAGAGAGAAAGAGAGUGCAAGAUAAAUUAUCUCGGAAGAACGAGAGAGUAAGAAGAGGGAGGGAAAAAAGAACGCAUUAGGCGUUCUCAGACGUAGAAGGGGGAGAAAAAAGCGAGGAGGAGGAGAGAGUGAAAGAGAAAGGGGGAGGGUUAGGUGAAGAAGAAGAAGAAGAAGAAAAAGAGAAGAGAAAUAAGGGUCGAGCCGAUAUUCUACCUUCUCCCCUCUGCAAGUACGCCUCUGACAUUGUUUCUUAUUACCGCUUCAACUCGGCUCACCUCGUUUUGGCUAUUUGACACCGAACGUGAACCAUUUACCAAGACCUUUGUAUACCGUCUGGGCUUAAUUACUAAGAGUUUCGUCUUCUUUUUUUCUCUCUUUUCUUCGGAUUUCUUCUUCUUCUUCUUCACUACACCAAUCAUUCAUACAAUAUAACAAACACACACAUAUUUACAUACGUAUAUUUAAUGUAUAUAUAUAUAUGUAUUUUAUAAUAAUGAUAUAGUUUAUUGUACACACACAUAUAUAUACGUAACAUGUUUGGCAGUGACACACACUACAACUAUAUCUUCAUAAAUAGGUGAUAUUUUAUAUAUACACAACGAUCUUUACGAUCGACACACACAUAUAUAAUAUAUUAUAUAUAUAUAUAAGUAUAUAUACACACACACACACACACACACACAUGUAAUCACAUAUCCGAACAUCGUAUCCCUUGAAUAACAACAUAUAUACGUGUUAUAUAUAUAUAUAUAUAUAUAUAUAUAUAUAUAUAUAUAUAUAUAUAUAUACACACACAUUUCUUCUAAUGAUUUGCCAAUGUUCACGAAAUAACUUCUCGCUAUCUAUAUAUAUCAAUAGAUAGAUAUUCAUAUAUAUAUAUACAUAUAUCUACAUACAUACAUACAUUUAUAUGUAUGUAUGUGUGUAGAUCGAUAUUUAUAUAUAUAUAUAUACAUAUCUCUAUGUAUAUACUUUGAUAUAAUAUAUAUAUAAUAUAUUUAUAUAUCCACAUGUGUGUGUGUAUAUAUAAGCUCACAGAGGUUGGUUCUUCAUCGAAAUAUUUAUCUCAAACCAAAUUCUAUCCUUUUUCCCCCUUUUUUUUCUUUAUUACGCAACCAAGCAAACCCACCCAUCACGCGUCUUGCUCCCUUCAUUUCCCUUUUCUUUUAAAACCCUCCCAUCAGUCAUCUGACCCCUAAUUUUUUUUUUCUUUACCAAAAGAAAAAAAAGGGGUUAGUUGGUGCCGGUGUUUUAUUUCAAAAUCCUUUUUUUUUUUUUAGUCCCUUUUUUUUUUAAUACUGAAAGGGGAAAACUUAUUUCCCCUUUUCUGGGUGCUUUUGUAAAUUUUUUCUCUUAGCGGUUUCCCACCAAAUCGCCAUAGUGUUGUGGUUACCAAUUCCUUCGGAAAUCCAGCGCCAGAAAAUGGCGAUGGUGCCAUUCCAGCAAUCCAGCGUUAACAUGCGGGACCAUACCGAUGAUUUAGGGGGCUCGGCUCCAACGCCUACCCAACAGCAGGCAGCGAGCCAAGUUGUUCAGACCGCAACUACAUCUCCCAACACACCAAAUGGUAACCAUCAGUCAAGCAGUCCGGAAAACAAACAACAGCAUAUCGAAUGCGUUGUGUGUGGUGACAAGAGCUCGGGCAAACAUUACGGACAGUUCACAUGCGAGGGUUGCAAAAGUUUUUUCAAAAGAUCUGUUCGCCGUAACUUAACGUAUACGUGUCGAGGGAACCGGAAUUGCCCUAUCGACCAGCAUCAUCGGAACCAGUGCCAAUUCUGUCGACUAAAGAAGUGUUUGAAGAUGGGAAUGCGACGGGAAGGUAGGUCCUUUCCCAACGAUUCUUUUACUGCUGUCCAGCGAGGACGCGUGCCGCCAACACAACAUCCCGGAUUUCCCGGACAGAUGGCUCUUACGAAUGGAGACCCGCUAAACGGACAUACGUACCUGUCAAGCUUCAUAUCAAUGCUGAUUCGGGCCGAGCCCUACCCUACGUCACGCUACGGUCAGUGCAUGCAACCAAACAAUAUAAUGGGCAUUGAGAACAUUUGUGAACUAGCGGCCAGAUUGUUGUUCAGUGCGGUCGAAUGGGCACGAAAUAUCCCCUUUUUUCCGGACCUUCAGGUUGCAGAUCAAGUAGCUCUCUUACGGCUCAGUUGGAGCGAAUUGUUCGUUUUAAAUGCUGCCCAGUGCUCUAUGCCGUUACAUGUAGCACCGCUGUUAGCUGCUGCUGGGCUUCAUGCUAGCCCAAUGGCAGCUGACAGAGUUGUAGCUUUCAUGGAUCAUAUAAGAAUAUUUCAGGAACAAGUUGAAAAAUUAAAGGCACUUCACGUCGAUUCGGCGGAGUAUAGUUGUUUGAAAGCGAUCGUGCUAUUUAGUUCAGAUGCCUGCGGUCUCUCAGACAUUGCUCACAUUGAGGGACUUCAAGAAAAAUCACAGUGUGCUCUCGAGGAAUAUGUGCGAAGUCAGUAUCCAAACCAACCAACUCGGUUCGGAAAGUUGCUGUUGCGAUUACCUUCUCUACGGACUGUCAGUGCUCAAGUGAUUGAACAGCUGUUUUUUGUCCGGUUGGUCGGCAAAACCCCUAUUGAGACCCUAAUUAGAGAUAUGCUUUUGAGUGGAGGCUCCUUUAACUGGCCCUACAUGGCUAUCCAAUGACUCUAUGAUUAGGCAUAGUCUUUUUUGUGGUCGAAAAAUUGUGAAAUAACCUUUUAAAAUGACGAAGGAAAGGAAUCAAACGCCAUUAUAAUUAUUAAUAUUAUUAUUAUUAUAAUCAUCGUUAAUCACUGAUGAUGAUGAUGAUAAUAAUAAGUGAAACCAAAAAAUUUAAUUUUUUUUUUUUGUAAACUAAAAGAAGAUAUUGACAGCUGUGACAUACCGUAACAUUGGUGUAUUGCGACAUAUUUUUACGAUAAAAACUCGGAGUAAUUGUUAUUAUUAUAUAUAAAGAAUUUUAAUAAUAACUGGGGAGUAGUGAAGUUUAUUAUAAAUAAAUAUAAUAUAGAUUGAAGACGGAUAAUUCCGGAAAUUAAAUUAAUAAAAUAUGUAUUAUUCCUGGAUGUUUGGUGCAAACUGUAACCUUCUUCCAUGAAAAUAUGUUGUACUUUAUAUAAUUUUACAUAUGUGCAUGCAUGUGUGUGUACAGACAUAAACAUGCAUGUACAUAUGAACAUUCACACAUACAUAUACAGACGUGUACAUGAACAAUUUAAAUGAAAAAUACAAGAGUGACCAUCUAUAUCUACGUAAGAGUCCAAAAGUGAUGGAAAAUAUUUGUAAUAUAUAUACAUAUAUAGAAUAUAUAUAUAUAUGUGUAUAUAUAUAUAAUGUGUGUAUAUUUAAUGUCAAAGGAAGCGAAAAUUGAAUGCAUUUAUAUAAAUUCAUCUGUAUUGUUGUUGACUUAAUGUGAUGUUGUUAAUAUAGUUAUGUGUGCAUGCAUAUAUAUAUAUAUAUAUGUAUGUAUUUAUAUAUAUAUAUAUAUAUAUAUUAUUAGGGGGGUGUAUAAAAAAAUGUGUUUAUAUAUUGUGUAUAUAUGUGUGCGUACUGUAUAUAGAUUUUCCUGAAACAUUCACACAAAGAUGUGUAUGUGUAAAAUAUACAUACAUAAAUAAGUAUGUAUAUUAAUAUAUAUGUAUAUACAUAUAUAUAUAUAUAAUGUAUGUAUCAUUAUGCACAUACAAGCAUGCAUGCAUGUGCAAACACACACACACACACACACACAUACACACAUGCACACGCGUGUGUGUUUGUCAGCAUAGAAAUAUAUGGGUGUUGCAAUAAUAAAUUAGUAAAGAUACAAGUAUUUUUUUAAAAAAUUAAUUAGCAUUAGAAAAUGAGUUAGCAUCAUCCUUGACCUUGACGAAAAAAUAAAGUGAGUCAGUGACCUUGACCUUUGUGCACCCAUUACAAACUGCUGAGCUUUGGCAUGGUUGAUGUUCAAUUGGAACUUCUUGUAGGGUAAGGACUUGCUAGAAAGAAGAUAGAUGUGCUGGACACACAAGGGAGGGGAAAAAAAAACAAAAAAAUCCUUGAGCAAUCUGGAGGUCCUAGGGCAUAAUGUAGACACACACUCAAACAUGCACAUACAUACAUACAUACAUACAUGUAUAUUAUGCAUGUGUAUGUGUAUAUGUGUGUAUAUAUAUGUACGUGUAUGUAUGUGUAUAUAUAUAUAUAUGUGUCUAUAUAUAUAUAUAUGUGUGUGUGUGUAUAUCUAUAUAUAUAUAUGUGUUUAUAUCUAUAUAUAUAUAUGUGUAUAUAUAAACAUAUAUAUAUAUGUGUCUAUAUAUAUAUAUGUAUAUGUAUAUACAUAUAUAUGUAUAUACAUAUAUAUGGAUAUGUGUAUGUAUAUAUAUGUGUGUGUGUGUGUGUGUGUGUAUAUAUAUAUAUAUAUAUAUAUAUAUUGUUAGUGAUUUGGAGUUUCUCAUGCCAAAUUAUGGUUUGUAUUUUCAACAAGUAAUACUGAUAAUAAUAAUAAUAAUAAUAAUAGUAUUAAUAACAACAACAUCAACAUCAACAACAACAACAUUAUGCCAUCAUACUUUAUUAACAAUUAAGAAAUAAAGUUUUGUGUCAUCAUA